GAAAAGAUGCCGUCUUUUUCGAUAUUGAGACGGACGCCCCGGAGGCGGAACACAGAAUGCGCCAAGCCGGCAGACGCCACCGUUAUCACCGUUACCGAAGGUGUCUUUGGGGGGACAGGGGAUGCUGUGGUUGUAGCUGAAGGAUUGGGAUGGGGGGCAGGAAGGGGAGGGGGACAUGGAGGCGGCGGGCGAUCCGGGGGGCUUGGCCUGGGGUUGACGUCCAACAACAGCGACAAAACAAACAACAACGACAACAACAACAACAACAACAACAUCAACAUCAACAACAACGCCAGCAACAUCACCUUUAGCAGCAACGAGAGUUCGCAACGAAAUUCGAUUGACGAAAAUGACAACAAUGGACCGGGAAGUACCUCUAUGCCGACGACGACGAAUGAGAAGAAGAAGAAGGAGAGACGCGGGUCGAGACGAGACAUCUUUCUGCAGGACAUCCGCAGUAGAUUAACCGGGAAGCUGCCACCUUCGUCAUCCUCCAACAACAGCAGCAACAACAACACGUCGUCUCCUUCCUCGGGCGCAUCGACCCCUCACCAGGAAGCAAUCACUAGUCCCAAACUUCCACUUCCGCGGGGAAGAGCUGCAUCACAGCCUCCAAUCCCGAUCUCUCAAAGGCGGCGGGAAUAUAUGAGCGGCCGGGAAGGGGCAGCAGCAGCAGACCAGAGAGGGGAACCGAGAGGGGAAAGACAACAUGGCAUGGGAACCAUUCGAGAAGCUCACAAGAGCGAGGUCUCACAUGGAUGA